CUUCCGGGGAAACGGGCCCCGGGUUGGUGUUUGUAAACUUGCCUCGGUCCCGGCGCGGGCAGCGGCGGCCGCGAGCUUGGCACCGGGUGCUUAGGGCCUGGAGGAGGCGCCGCGCGGCGGAGGAGACGGCGGGAGGCCGCGCCGGGCAGAUUUCCGGAGCAGACCUAGAGCUUCACCAAGAAAAUUCAGCUGGGAAACCAAGACGGAUAGACUCUCAUUUCUUCAGACAAUAGGCAGAAGCCACAGACCUCGGAUUUUUGCAACACCUGUUUUCCCUUUGGAGGACGCUAAAUUCUUUGAGAGGACAAAGGCAGUUCAUUAUGGCAACUAAACUGAAAGAACAGGAAGGGGCCAUUACUGUUCUUCAAACUACCGUGUCUUAAGGAAAGCUGGAUAAAGAACUUCUGAACUUUUGGGUUCAUUAAGUGAAAAAUCAGCAUGGCUCAGGUAAAAAGCUCUCGCGUCCUCCUUCAAGACCGCUCACUGGGAAGCCUGUUUGCAGUGUCACUCUUGAAUUCUGCCUUAGUCAACAGUGUUGACCAUCCCCCAGUGAGCCGAGCUCUGUAUUAAGCACCAGGGGGAGAUCUAGAGGAAGGAAAGGAGACAGGCCUCCCUGCCUUCAGGGAGCUUCCAGUCAAAUGAAGGAGGUAGGCUAUACACCACGUCACAGGCACUGAUGUCGGUGGGCAAAGCACCUUACACUGUACUUCUGGCAAGUCUUCUGGCUUGUGAAGGCCUAGCGGGUGUGAGUUUGGUUCCCACUGCAGCCAGCAAGAAGAUGAUGCUAAGCCAGAUUGCCAGCAAGCAGGCGGAAAAUGGCGAGCGGGCAGGUAGCCCUGAUGUGCUGAGGUGCUCGAGUCAGGGCCACCGAAAAGACGCUGAUAAAUCCCGGAGCCGCAAAGAUGAUGACAGUUUGGCCGAGUCCUCCCAUUCGAAAAAGACUGUUAAAAAGGUGGUGGUAGUGGAACAAAAUGGCUCUUUCCAAGUAAAGAUCCCAAAAAAUUUUAUUUGUGAGCACUGCUUUGGAGCUUUCAGGAGCAGUUACCACCUCAAGAGGCACAUCCUGAUCCACACUGGUGAGAAACCAUUUGAGUGUGAUGUAUGUGACAUGCGUUUCAUCCAGAAGUACCAUCUUGAACGCCACAAGCGUGUGCAUAGUGGUGAGAAGCCCUACCAGUGUGAACGAUGUCAUCAGUGUUUUUCUCGGACAGACCGACUACUCAGACACAAGCGGAUGUGCCAAGGAUGCCAGUCCAAGACGUCUGAUGGGCAGUUUUCUCUAUAGGCACAGGGGCCCACCGAAGAGCACACCCCUCUGCUCUGAUGGCCCUACCACCACUCCCUCUGAACCUGUCCCCCUUCCUAGAGGAGUGGCCCCAGGUGAGCAGACGAGACCAUCAGAGGACAGCGGCUCCAGAGCCUCAGCUCUG